UGUGUGUAUAUAAAUGUUCUUAGUUUCAUUCUCGUCUCCAUCCCCCUUGUAUAUACACACACAUAUAUAUCGUCCAUCUCACAUUCAAAUACCACAGAGCCAUAGAACUCAAUUCUUCAACCCUCUCGUCUUCCUUUUUCUUCUUAUAGUUAUUCAAAGAGAGAGACAGGCAGAUAUGGAAGGAACGGGGGAUCACGAUCAUAUGGGAAGUCACGAGAUGAGCUACACCCACAUGACUUUCUACUGGGGGAAGGACUCCGAGAUCCUCUUCCGGGGAUGGCCGGCCACUCGCGAUGGCAUGUAUGCCCUUGCUCUCAUCUUCGUAUUCUUCCUUGGGGUCAUCGUCGAGUGGCUCUCCCACUGUAGUCAUGCCAAAUUCUCAUCAGGCAGCUCCCCUCCCAGUACACACUCGUCGCCACCAAAUCGCAUCAUGACUGGUCUCGUCCAGACGGCCUUAUACGGCCUACGUGUUGGCCUUGCUUUUCUCUUGAUGUUGGCGGUCAUGUCAUUCAACGGCGGGGUCUUACUAGUCGCGGUGGCGGGGCACGCUGUGGGCUUCUUUCUCUUUGGGAGUAGGGCCAUUAGGGCCAAGCCAGAGGAGAAAGCAGUAUCGUCCGAUCCUUCGCCAUGCGGCUGUUGAUCUAUCCUACCAUUAGCUGAUAAUAUAUUUCAUAUAUCUCACAGUACCCACUUGCUCCGUGUUGCUAUAAUAAGCGUCUAUUUUAUUUGGUGUUCAUCAAAGUAAAAUUGUGAACAAGUUUUUCAAUUUCGUUUUUUUUUUUAAUUUUUAUCUGGUAAUUUUCAUGUUUAUCCUGUAAAAAAAGAAAGUGAAGAAAUUUGGAAAUCUAUGCCAUAUAUACAUUAUGCUCGAUGCUUUUACGUA